CUGCUCUCAGGUUCACUCAACGCAAUGAAUUGGAUUGAGGCCUAUUAGAAGAAGAUGGAAAAGGACGAGAGGAGCGAUGGCGGAAACAGUGGCAAGGGAGAAUAAAGCCGAGAGGACAGCCAGCACGCAAAAGCCGAAGAAAGUGGUUACUGACCUUGAGGUGCAAUAUGUCUCCAGUAACUCGUACCUACCUAGGUAGGUAGUACAGAGAUGUUUAGUGUCAAGUGAGGUCGGGGUGAAGAUGAGGCUGUUUUUUUUCUACUUUACUGUACCUUCCAUUCUUGGCUUGCCAUUGCUCCUUCUGAUCUGGUAUAUGAUGUUGGAAGGUACCUGGCAGGCUGGUCACAGUGCUUAGCAUUUUCUGUUCUUAUGGCUUUCCUCCCCAGACCGGCUUCUCUGGGGUUCAUGAGCUGUCAUCAUGGAAAUUGACAACUGCAAUAACAUUUCUCCGACCAUCAGAUUGGUUGAAUUGACUGCCUAGUACUGGGUACUUACUCCUCGGGUCCUUUUGUCUAUAAGUUUCAGACCAAAGCACUCGGAGCUUAGCUACCCGCCCACGAUCUUCGCCUACGUCGACCGACCCGGACGAAUGACUGUGUCCACCAUCGCAAUCAUCGCAGAGAAACAUGGAGCACCAGGAGACCGGGCCUGCUGAGCAUCAUGGAACAGAGGGCGAAACAUUGCCACUGCCUUCAGCUGGAGACUUGCCGGACACAACAACAGGCUCCGGGGAUGAGGAGAUCAACCGCAAACGCAAACGCCCGAAGACGAGAGACUAUUUUGAGCAGGAUGUGCCCGUGUCUGAAUGGCCGCCCUUGGAGGAACAAGGCACUGCUUCAAUCACAAAUACACCUGGAAAUUUCGGUGCUCCUCCCUUUGUACCAAAUACCGGUGGGCAGCUGCCGCCGCCGAAGCAUAUUGUGGUGUAUCGCGUGAUAUGCGACCGUCGUAAUAACGCCGAGGAAGACCACUCCCAGCAUGAAGACACCGCUUACUAUCAAGAUGAACCCAGAUUGUUUUACAGAGAUACAAGAGGGUCGGCCUUACGCGGGAGAUACCAGAUCCAGGACCUUGAAGCAUAUCUUGGAAAUCAACAGCCGCUAGCUUUCGUCGUCUACAAAGACUAUGACUGCCCACGAUAUCACGAUCUGAUGCAGAAGCAAUUCAUAAACAUCGCUCCUGAGAACAUGAGACGGGCGUCAUUUCUGAGGGAGAAACCCUGGUUUCAAGCUCUGCGAGACGAUACCGAGCCUGCGUCUGCGGUUGCGGAGCAAAUAUCCAUCUAUCAGGAUAACCUUGUGGUGGCUCUUGAGUCCCUGAUAUCUCAAGACGCUGAGAUCUCUGGCUUUUGGAACAGAGAAACCAGUUUACGGGAACCAUACGAUUACUUUUAUCACUGCCACAAACGCAUCCGAGAGUUGCUGUCCACCGUGGCCGAGCCUUCCGAUACGACAUCCCCAAGCAUAACUUUACUCUUGGAUUACAUCGAAUCAGAAUGCCGUGACCAAUGGUCGGCUGCAGACCGCAUCUUCGAGCAAGGAAAUGUGACAGAAGACACUUUCAGCAAACUAUUUCGGCCUGGCGAGAUCAUCAUUCGAGAUGAAGAUGGUAUGACUCAGGCUUAUAUAGCUGACCAUGUCGGAACGGUAACCAGCAGUCGCACAUCAAUCAGUUGCUGGAAGCUAGCCUUCGACGGAGCCUUCCACCGUGAAAACGAUCAGCUCCUUGUCGAGUGGCGCGGCGGUGGGAAAGACACACUCGCGUUACAGUGUUUGGAAGCGCGGCCGCUGAGGUUAGAUAAGACUCGGCAACAAGUCCAAUUGGAACAAAGAGCUAUCAAAUUCUGGCAGUGCAGACACAGACGUCUCGUCAGCUAUGACGGUCUUCAUGGCUCCAAUUUUCCUGUCCCGACGGGAUCUCACAAAUUUAUGAUUGAUGUCGACACCCACCGGACCUUGUAUCCCAGAAAGUACCCAGAGUACCCUUCAAACGAGCACGCGGAGAUUGACUUGUCAGAAGACGAACCUCCAAGCGGCAAGAUUGGAUUCUUGAUGCCCGCGAAGGUUCCUGGGUUUGGUUUCCACGACAAGAAGUGGAGAAGCUUGCAAGUUGAUCACAUUCGACCAGUGGACUGGAAUGAAAAUGCCUUCAAACGCGUUGUGCUCAAAGCCAGUAAAAAGGAGCUGAUUGAGGCACUGGUAACCAGCCAUCUUGAAAACAACGAAGCGACGGACGUCAUUGAAGGCAAGGGAACAGGCCUCAGUAUGUUAUUCCAUGGGCCUCCUGGCUCAGGCAAGACUCUCACUGCCGAAACAAUUGCUGAGAUUUCCAAAAAGCCGCUUUACCGGCUGAGCUGCGGCGGCAUUGGUACGGACCCAGAAAGCGUUGGCAAGAAUAUGGAAUCUGCAUUGCAUUUGGGGAUGAAAUGGGACUGUGUCGUUCUGCUGGACGAGGCAGAUGUCUUCCUGGAGGAAAGGACGCCGACCGAUAUGGCACGCAAUGCACUCGUGUCGGUUUUUCUCCGCGUCCUUGAAUAUUUCAAAGGCAUUCUUCUUCUUACCUCCAACCGUGUCGGCGUUUUUGAUGAAGCGUUCAAGUCCCGCAUACAGCUGGCAAUACGCUUCCCGAAUCCCGACGAGGAAGGCCGAGCGAAGAUUUGGGACAAUUUCUUCAAAGCCCUGCAGAAGUCCGGGGUCGAGAUGGACUCUGAAGACCUCGGGGACAAUGUCAGGAGUCUGGCUUGCAAGGAGCUCAACGGCCGGCAAAUCCGAAACAUCAUCAAGACGGCUCGACAACUCGCAGCCUUCCGUAAGCAGCGACUCGGCGUGCAGCAUCUGGAAUGCUGCAUUGAGGUGCUCGAGGAGUUCGACAGGUAUCUUGAAGACACUCGUGGGACAGAUGACUAGUACGCCCCGGCAACACAGGAUCAGAGCUGAUUAGCAUUGCACCUGCAUUAUGGAAGCGCGGAUACGAACCGUAUAGAAAUAUGUGCAAUAUGUGAGAAGGCAUUGAAAUUAUCCCGAUCAGGAACCAGAAUAUCCUGAUUAGACAUUUUCGGCAAUGAGCCGCAUUCAUCUCCAAGCCUUCCAAUGUGGAGUAAUUGAACAAGGGAACAGUCUCACCUGGCUUCGGUGCCAGCAUACCAAUCUGUGAUAUUAGCCUGCCUUACCAUCGGCCUUAGAUUGUUACUGGCGGUAGAAUGCGACGACGUGACAUUUCCAAGGUCCAUGGUGCCUCCAUCACAGGGCAGAGAGAUAGCUUCUAUAGCGAGGCUGCGCUGGCGCUCGUCGGCAGCCAACGCGGCUGUGAGGUCGCACGGCAGGAAUACAUGCAAAAUCGGACUGUGUGAGCCGCUUCGAGGCUCAGGCUGAGGGGCAUGCAGAAGGAUGUUGAGGCCCUUU